AAAGGGCGAUCAUGAAAUACUGUGCAUGAUCAACCAGGGAAAAUACACAGGAGGUAUGAAAGUACAGAAGUGAAGAAGCUGUCCGGUGGUGGAGGUGAAAGAUGUUGGAGGAGGAAGAGGAGGUGGAGGCUGGGGCUGUGAACCUCAGGGCGGAGGUGGAGAGGCUGACAGCGGAGCUCCAGGAGGCGAAUGAGGAGAAGCUGCAGGCCGCACGUUACGGACUUGCUGUGCUGGAGGAGAGCGCGGCACUCAAAGCAAAACAUGGCCAACUGGAGGAGGAGCACGAGGCUCUCAAACAGGAGGUGCAGCAACUCCGAGAGGCGCUGGCGGACUCUGUGAACAGUCACAAGCGAGCAGCGGCCGAUGGAGAAAGUCGAGAGGAGAGUCUCCUAGAGGAGACGGCCAAUAAAGAGGCUGCCAUGGCGACGCGCAUAGAGGAACUGCAGUGUGAGCUACGGCAAGCGCGGAUUUCAUUGGCCAAUGCCCAGGCAGAGAGUGAGAGACUGGGCGGGCUCUCCACUCAGCUAAAGAAGGAGUGCGAGUGUCUGGAGGCAGAGAAAGGCCAUUUGAGAGAUGAAAUAAAGGAGUAUAAAGUGAGGGAGAUGCAGCAGCUGCAAGACAACAGCGAGCUGGAGGAAGAGAACAUCUCUCUGCAGAAGCAAGUGUCCGUGCUGAAGGAGAACCAGGUGGAGUUCGAGGCUCUGAAGCUGGAGCUUACGCAUAAAGAGGAGGAGCAGGAGCUCCUCCGGGCUCAGCUGGAGGAGGCCGGCCGGCUGAGGGAGAUAGCGGAGCGGCAGCUGGACGAGGCCCUGGAGGCUCUGAAGGAGGAACGGGAGCAGAAGAACAGCCUGAGGAGAGAGCUCGCCACGCUGGCCCUAAAUCCCUUCGACUCGGUCGGCCACCUGGAGCUUCACCUGGACCAGCUGGACGACAGCCAGGACGGAGGCAAAGGAAAAGAGGAGACCGGAGAGGCCAACCUGGAGGAGGAUCAGGACAGCGGUUACAAUAACUCCAAGGGCUCGGUUCACCCAGAACAACGCUGCUCCACCCCAAGGAACAGGGACAUCUACUUGAGGCCUCAGGCCCCCGGCCUGGUGUCGGAUCUCCUGAGUGAACUGCACCUCUCCGACACCCAGAAACUCAAACAGCAGCUCAUGCAGGCCGAGAGAGACAAAGGCAACCUGACCAACACAAUGCAGGAGCUGCAGAAGCAGCUCGUCCAGUCUAAAGAGGCAUUAAAUGAACAGCAGAGAAAGAUGGAGCAGUUGACCCAGAAGUUGGAGGCCCUGCAGAACCAUCAGCCGGCGCUCACCCAGAAGAGGGCGGGGCAGCAGGUUGCCUCGGGCCCUCAGGAGAACGGCCUGGGGGAGGACUACUACGAGCUGGACGCUAAAAGCAGGGAGGUGCUGGAGUGCCGCAUGCGCGCGGCCAACGAGGGGCUGCUCCGCCUUCAGGCGGAGCUGAAGGAGACGAGCGCGCGCUCGGCCGCCUUGGAGGAGCGGUACCGGCAGGAGAAGGAGCACUGGCGCGGGGAGGCCCAGGAACUGGCCGACAAGAUCAGGCAGUGUAUCGCCGCCAGUCGGCAGGACCAGGAGCGCAUCGGCCAGUUGGAGCGGGAGAUCGGGGCCACGAGACAGGUGGCCACUGAUUCGGAGGGACACUUGAGCGCAACGCAGGAGGAGCUGCUGGCUUUCUCAGAGGAGCUGGCCAACCUCUAUCACCACAUCUGCGUGUGCAACAACCUGACACCCAGUCGGGUCACCCUGGACUACUACCGCGAGUGCGCCAGGAUGGGCAGGGCACACCACCCACACCCCCACCACCCCCACGGCCCCCUGCGCAAACGCCGCUCCGGGGAACCCUUCAGCAAAGGCCCCCACAUGGGGGAGGGAGAUGUAGGAGGUGGGAGCAGUGGGGACUCCUCCCCAACCUGUGGAAGCUGCCCUGGCUCCCCAACACUGGACUUCAGGGACCCCACAAACGUACGGAACCUGGUGGCCGUCAUCCGCUGUCAGAUUAAACACCUCCAGGGGGCGGUGGACUUGUGCAGACAGCGGGGCAUGUUACCCUCCCCGUCGAGCGGCGGGGCGGCUGAAGCAGACCGAGAUGCAGAGGCGCUCCUGGAGGAGGUGCUGAAGCUCAAAUCCCUGCUGAGCACCAAGAGAGAGCAGAUAGCCACACUCAGGACUGUUCUCAAGGCCAAUAAACAGACAGCAGAGCUGGCUCUGACCAACCUGAAGACCAAGUACGAGACGGAGAAGAGCAUGGUGUCGGAGACCAUGGUCAAGCUGCGGAACGAGCUCAAAGCGCUGAAGGAAGACGCCGCCACCUUCUCUUCACUGAGGGUCAUGUUUGCCAGCAGGUGUGAUCAGUAUGUAACCCAGCUGGACGAGAUGCAGAGGCAGCUGGCCGCGGCGGAGGACGAGAAGAAGACUCUGAACUCUUUGCUGCGGAUGGCCAUCCAGCAGAAGCUAGCGUUGACCCAGCGGCUGGAGGACCUGGAGGCCCCCAUCUCCCCACACAGCAACGGAGGCAGCCCCAGACGCUCCCGCGCCAAACAGCUGGGCUCCAAGUCAGGCCGCGCCCCGCGGAGCCCCAUGAGGAGCAGCCCGCGCUCCAGCCCCGUGCUGGUGCCCUCCCUGGGCCCUCAGGGCAUCACCGGCGGCCACCUGCGUGCCUUCUCCCGCAGUCUGCACAGCAGCCCCGUAAGAGCCACCUCCUCUCGCUCAUCCUCCUCUUCCUCCUCUUCCUCUCAGUCCCAGCUCGCCACUUCUACCCAAAGCCUGGCCUCCGUGCCCCUGCCGCGCGGCGCCACGUUCGUGCGCUGUCGCGGCUCCUCGUCCCGUUCCCUGGACGACUCCGCGGGCGGCUUGGGCCCUUUCGCCAUCCAUUCUCGCCAGGCCCUCGCGCCGGUCAAGUCAACCGCCAAAGGCCGGGCCGCCCCGACCCUGUCUCGUAACGGCACCUUCGUCAAAGUGCGUCGCGCCUCUUUGCCCGUGACCAAACCGCCGCCCUCUUCCUCGCGCUCCGCGGAGAACCUGCUGACCCCGCGGGACGUGACCUUUGACCCCAGGUUAGAACGAAGAAGUCGAGUGAAGCCCGCGCAAAAGUACGAUUUCAAAUCGCAGGCCAGAUCGAACGCCGAAUACACGGUUCUGAAAAAACAGUCCAAUAUUUCCAAAUCGAGGUCCAUGGAGGCGACCUCUGUAAAACGUGCUUCCAGCUCGUCCGCCUCCACAGACAGGUCCAAGUCCCCGCCCAUCCAAAAAUGCCUGAGGACGGCCUCCCUUAGCACCCAUCCCUCCCGCGCCGGUCCCUCUAGUAAACAGCGUAAGGCCAGCAGCGGGGAGGGGCAGCCACCCAGGUCAGGGACUCAGUCUCGGCACGCUGACGUUGUAGCCGUUUGUUCCAGUCCGGUCCCCGAAGGCCGUAAACAUCGAGAUGCGCCCACGAAACAGCAGACGAGCGUCAGCAGGUCGAACAGGUCGGCCCCCAGUCGCCAAAGCUCCGAACCCACCCGUCGAUCCUCGGCGCGUCGUUAG